AUGAGCACCAGCCCAAAAACCAUCGCCUUCUUUGGCGCAACGGGUGACUGCGCUGGCCAUUGUCUCGCAUACACCCUCCAAGCCGGCUACACCUGCAUCGCCCUUGCUCGCACUCCCUCGAAACUCACGCAAGCGAUGAAAGCAAAAGGCGUUCCCGCCUCGACCCUCGACAGCAACCUCACCGUCAUCCAAGGCGAUGCCAAAGACCCCGUCGCCGUGAAGAAGACCCUCACAGCACCCUCUGGCGGCAUGGUCUCCCACAUCGUAUCCGGUGUCGGCUCCAACCCCAAACUCCAAUGGUCCAUCCUCUACCCAGUAACGCUCCACGACCCCACGAUCUGCCAGGACGUCGGCAGCACGAUCCUCACGGCAGCGGCUGCACUAGCCCGCGAAACCUCCACUCCACCUGAGCAGCGCCCUUACUUCCUCAACAUGUCCACGACUGGCAUUCCCGCCAAAGGCUGUCCACGAGAUGUCCCCCUGCUCUUUCACGCACUCUACGUGUACGGGCUGCACGUCCCCCACGUGGACAAGAAGGUCUUGCAAGAGGCUUUGGCGGCGCAUAUGCAGCUGCCUGAGAAAGAGCGGGGUCUGAGAGGGUUCACAAACGUCAAGGCGAGUUUGCUUAUGGAUGGUGAAGGGAAGGGUCUGGAGGCUGUCCGAGAGGGGCCUGAAGAGAAGCCUGCGGUGGGAUAUACGAUUCAGAGAAAGGAUGUGGGCAAGUGGAUGUUUGAGAGGGGGUUGCAGGAGGAGAUGAAGGGGGAGUAUUUGAACAAGAGCGUGACGAUCACCUAUUGA